CUCUCCGUCACACUAACACUGAUACACGCACGUCUGUCUGUCGUUGCACUACCCCCCAACCGCCAUCCUCCAAAUAUGCAGAUGCAACGAUCAUGGGCUGUCCAUCAGGUUGCCCUAAAACGCAGAAGUCCUCUAUUCUUUGGAAUCAACUCUUCUCCCCGUUCUAGUGCAAGUUUGCAAGGAUCACAAAGGCAUGACCGAGCCUUCCUAGACGACAAUGAGCCACCAAGUCAAUACGCUCCUUGCAUGGUUAACGAGGACUUGGAAACAUUUGCUUGUUUCUACCAGCACCUACCCGAUAGUCAAGGCGACGACAACGAUGCAGGCACUUGUACGGCUACCGAGGAAAGAAAGAAAGUGCCCUCUUGCCCGCUCCCCAACAGCCUAGUCCUACAAUCCGGUAGCCAAGACGACAAUGGGUCACCAAGUCAAUUCACAACUCGCACAGCUAUCGAGGAAGGAAACGAAAUACUUCCUCAUCCCUCUCCAAAAGCCGAUCCCUACCAGCACCAACCCGGUAGUCAAGAUGACAACAAUGCAGAAGUUGGUCAGGCACCAAAAGAGCAACAAUCUCAUGGGCGAAAUAUCAUCACCAAAGCUGUAAAGCAAACACGUAAAUUCAUCUGCAAUAUCUGCCAAAAGGCCGCGACCACGGCUUCCAACCUUCGUUCUCAUUUAUCUACUCAUGAACCUACAAAACGACAUGAAUGUGGUUGGCCUGACUGCAGUUUGAAAUUCAAUAGGAAGUCUGAUGUGACAAGACAUCGUCAGACGCAUUUCCAAGCUACGCCACACAUCUGCAAGUUCUGCAGGAAGGAAUUCUCCAGGAAUGACUCGGUUAAAAGACACAAUCGCAAACCCUGCAAGACCCUCACUAACCCUGUAGGUGCUGGCUCCUCAUGAAGUGUCCGA